GAUUCUGUAGGAGCCUAGAAAGCCUGUGCAAUGAAUGGUGAUACUCGGGCUGCAGUGGUGACCUCACCACCUCCAGCCACCGCCCCUCACAAGGAGAGGCACUUUGACAGAGUGGAUGAGAACAAUCCAGAGUACUUGCGGGAGAGGAACAUGGCACCAGACCUUCGCCAGGACUUCAAUAUGAUGGAACAAAAGAAGAGGGUAUCCAUGAUUCUACAGAGUCCUGCUUUCUGUGAAGAACUGGAGUCAAUGAUACAAGAACAAUUUAAGAAGGGGAAGAACCCCACAGGUCUAUUGGCGUUACAGCAGAUUGCAGACUUCAUGACCACCAGUGUACCGAAUGUCUACCCAGCAGCCCCACAGGGAGGGAUGGCUGCCUUAAACAUGAGUCUUGGUAUGGUGACUCCUGUGAAUGACCUCAGAGGGUCUGACUCCAUUGCAUACGACAAAGGAGAAAAAUUACUGCGGUGCAAGCUGGCAGCAUUUUAUAGACUGGCUGAUCUCUUCGGGUGGUCUCAGCUUAUCUACAAUCACAUCACAGCCAGAGUGAACACAGAGCAGGAACACUUCCUCAUUGUGCCUUUUGGGCUUCUCUACAGCGAAGUGGCGGCCUCCAGCUUGGUUAAGAUCAAUCUUCAAGGAGAUGUUGUGGAUCGUGGAAGCACUAACCUGGGCGUCAACCAGGCUGGCUUCACCUUGCAUUCUGCAAUCUAUGCAGCACGCCCAGACGCGAGGUGCAUCGUGCACAUUCACACCCCGGCCGGGGCUGCGGUGACCCUACUGUUUGCUUGUUUUGAAAAGGUUCGCACUCUGGCCAGUGCUGGAGGACCAGACAACCUGGUCUUGCUGGAUCCUGAGAAGUACAGGGCCAAGCCCCGUCCCCCAGAGUCUCCGGAAGGGGAUGGCACCAACUCAUCACCCCGGUGGCUGAUUGGGGAGCAGGAAUUUGAAGCCCUCAUGCGGAUGCUUGACAAUCUGGGCUAUCGCACAGGCUACCCCUACCGGUACCCUGCUCUGAGAGAGAAGUCUAAAAAGCACAGUGAUGCCGAGGGCCCUGCCAGCGUCACAGGCUGCUCCUUCGCUAGUGACGGCGACUCGGGCACGUGCUCUCCUCUCAGACAGAGUUUUCAGAAGCAGCAGCGAGAGAAGACCCGAUGGCUGAACUCUGGCCGGGGUGAUGAAGCGUCUGAGGAAGGGCAGAGUGGAAGCAGCCCCAAGUCGAAGACUAAGUGGACUAAAGAGGAUGGACAUAGAACUUCCACCUCUGCCGUCCCUAACCUGUUUGUUCCAUUGAACACUAACCCAAAAGAGGUCCAGGAGAUGAGGAACAAGAUUCGAGAGCAGAACUUACAGGACAUUAAGACGGCUGGUCCUCAGUCCCAGGUUUUAUGUGGUGUGGUGAUGGACAGGAGCCUCGUCCAGGACGCACCCCUCUCUGACUGUACGGAAACUAUCGAAGGGCUCGAGCUCACAGAGCAGACCUUUAGUCCCGCUAGAUCUCUGUCUGUUAGAAAGGGGGAGCUGGUGACCGCCUCCAAAGCCAUCAUUGAGAAGGAGUACCAGCCUCACGUCAUUGUGAGCACCACGGGCCCCAACCCCUUCAACGCACUCACCGACCGUGAGCUGGAGGAGUACCGCCGCGAGGUGGAGCGCAAGCAGAAGGGCUCGGAGGAGAAUCUCAGUGAGACGAGAGAACAGAAAGACAAGAGUCUUCCAGACCAGCCCGCUGUCCCCCACACUCCCCCCAGCACCCCCGUGAAGCUUGAGGAAGAUCUCCCACAGGAGCCUGCCUGCGGGGACGACAGCGACACGGCCACCUUCAAGCCCACCCUCCCCGACCUGUCCCCUGAUGAGCCUUCGGAAGCGCUGGGCUUCCCGGCAGCCGAGGAGGAAGCCCAGGGCCCCCCUGCCCCCGUCCCCGCCGAGCCCAGCGCCGAGCCAGCCCCAGCCCCAGAGGCCGAGGAGGGGCCUGCAGCGGACCCGGGCAGCGACGGCUCCCCGGGCAAGUCCCCAUCCAAGAAGAAGAAGAAGUUCCGCACGCCUUCCUUCCUGAAGAAGAGCAAGAAGAAGGCCGACUGCUGAGGGGCCGUCCGCCGCCCAGCCGGUCGCCUGCCUGCCUCUCCUGUCAGAGAAUGCGAAGGCCAGGCCCCCUCCCCCACGCACCCACGCCUGACUCCCUGCUGUCGGCACGCGCCCCGGCCCUGGCCUGUCCUCUGCUCCUCCUGCACACGGGUGGCCGUGCUGAAGCCUGGUCCUGGACUGGCCCUGGUUACGGCAGCGCCUGCUGUGACCCCUCCUCGCUGUCGCUGUCGCUGUCGUGAAUGCCGUUCAUCUCCGCUUGGCUGUGUGUGGUGGUGGCACCAGCCGUGGCUUCUGCUCAGUGGUCUCCUGGGCCCCUACACCAAGUCCCAAUCCUGGGGUCACUUGUGCCCACCCAUGGCACGGGGCACCCCGCUGCUGUGAAGGGGUGGGUUCAGGACAGGAAGCCCCACAACACGUGGGCUGGCAUGACCCACACAACGCUAUGCAUGGUCCUGCGGGUGACCCCACAACUCACACCGGACCCAGGAGCUCAGUCUGCCAGACUGGGGCCUCUGAAUCCGGGCAGGGCA